AUGAAAAAUUUAAAAUCAACAACAAUUAAACAAAUUAGAAAUCAUUUAUUAAAUGGAGAAAUCAAAGUGCAAGAUUUAAUAAAAAAUACAUUUAAUAAUAUAAAUAAAGAUGGCGAAAAUUAUUUAAAUACAUUUGUGACAGUAGAAUCAUUGGAUAACCUAGAAAAGCAAAUAAAUGAAUCUCAAGAAAGAUACGCAAAUGGUACAAAUAAAAAGUUAGAUGGUUUACCAAUAGCCAUUAAAGAUAAUUUUACAACAAAAGGAAUUAAAACAACAUGUGGGUCAAAUAUUUUAUCAAAUUAUAUACCAACUUUUGAUGCAACAGUAUGUAAAAAAUUAAAAGAUGAAGGUGCAAUUAUAAUAGGUAAAACAAAUAUGGACGAGUUUGGUAUGGGAUCAUCAUCAACAAAUAGCUAUUAUGGUAGUGUUAUUAAUCCAUGGAGUAAGAAAGGAGAUCAAAAUGAAUUAUAUGUUGCUGGUGGUUCAUCGGGUGGAUCGGCUGCAGCAAUUGCUGCUGGAUAUUGUAUGGGCGCACUUGGUAGUGAUACUGGUGGUUCAAUUAGACUACCAGCAUCUUAUUGUGGGGUUGUAGGUUACAAACCAUCCUAUGGUAUUAUUUCACGUUAUGGUUUAGUAGCAUAUGCAUCAUCAUUGGAUACAGCCGGUGUAUUAACCAAUAAUUGUGAUGAUGCUGCCGAACUUUUAGAUGUUUUAGUUGGCAAAGAUACAGAAAAUGAUUCAACUUCAAUUUCCUUUGGUAAAGAUAUCUUAAAAGAAUACAAAAACAAACUAUCGACAAAAACAAUUAAAGAUUUGGUAUUUGGUAUCCCAACAGAUUAUUUAGUUAAAGAAUUAGACCCAGAUAUUUUAGAACUUUGGCAACAAGUUGUAUCAGAAAUUGAAUUGCAUGGUGGUAAAGUGGUUGCUGUUGAUUUACCUCACACACGUUAUGCUCUUCCAGCGUAUUAUUUAUUAGCAACAUCAGAAGCCUCAUCAAAUCUUUCAAGAUUCGAUGGUGUUAGAUAUGGUUAUAGACACGAAUUACAUUCAGAGGAUGUAGGUUUAGGUUUGAAAGAUAUGUACACUAAAACCAGAACCGAAGGUUUUGGUGAAGAAGUAAAAAAAAGAAUUAUUUUAGGUUCAAUGUCAUUAUCGAGAACUCAAUAUGAUAAUUUUUAUACUAAAGCUCAAAAAAUAAGAAGAUUGGUUUCAGAUGAUUUCAAAUCAGUUUUCGGUAAUCAAAAAGUAGAUGUUUUAAUUACACCAGUUGCACCAUCACCAGCAUUUAAACAAAAUCAAAAAUUAGAUCCUAUCCAUGUUUAUAUAAAUGAUAUUAUGACAAUUCCAAUUAGUUUGGCUGGUGUACCCGCUGUUUCAGUUCCAUUAAAACUCUCUAAAGAAAACUUACCAAUUAGUGUACAAUUAGUUUCCGACCGUUUAAACGAUGAUACUUUAUUAUUUGCAGCAAAUCUUUUAAUGAAUUUUGAUUCAUUUAAAGAUUUUAAUUUAAAGCAUCCAACUUUUUUAAAAUAA